UACCUCCAUCUAUUGGUGAUUUAUGAACUAUAACUUAUUUUAACCUUAUUGAAUUUUUAUUUGUUUUUAACAAUAAAAACCUUCAAAAUUAUUAAACCAAAAGGUCAUAAAUCAUAAGAUAAUGCCGUAUUAUCUUUGCAGUGACACUGAAGAGCAUCCAAUAACAAAAUCAUCUGUAAAACUACAAGAUACAACUGUUACUUUGAAUGAGAAACAAAACACCGUCAACUUACACACAUCCAACACUCCAAUAUUAUUUAAUGGAUAUAGUUUAUGCCCAAACUCAAACUAUCAAUUAAAAGAAGAAGAUAUUAUCACAAUUGAUAAAAUGGCUUACCGAGUAUCAUCCACAUCAGCAUCUAAAAGGUUCAAAGUAGACACAUCAAAGAAGAUCACAUCAUUCUUCAAUAUCACAACAAAUUCAAACAAUCAGAUUGAUAGUCCUUUUAAAAAGAUCACGGGUCAAUGGGAAGACUUCAAAGAUCAUCUUGUGUUUACUCCCAAUGAUGAUGAGAGGAGUUACACAAAGGUAGCUGCUUUUGACAUGGAUGGAACACUGAUCAAACCAAAAAGUGGUAAGAAAUUCGCUGAGAAUCCUAGUGAUUGGAUGAUUUUAUACAAAAACAUUCCAAAAAUCCUCUUGGAUUACUACAACCAAAGUUAUAAACUUGUUAUAUUUAGUAAUCAAUCACCCCUGGGUAGUGACACAUCAAAACGAGGAGAAUUCAAACAAAAGAUUGAAGAUAUAUUGAAUGAAAUCAAACUUCCGAUGCAUGUUUUCCUAGCCACACAGAAAAAUCUAAUGCGAAAGCCUUGUACAGGCAUGUGGGAAGCUAUGACAGAAAGAAACACCCAAGAAAUUGAUAAAUCUGAGUGUUUUUAUGUUGGUGAUGCAGCAGGACGGCCUAAACGAGGUAAUAUUCCCAAGGAUCAUUCAUUUGCUGAUUUAUUCUUUGCUAAAAACCUAAAAAUAAAGUUUUAUACACCUGAAGAGAUCUUCCAGAACACAAAAUGUACUAAUACAGAUGUAAAAAUCUUGUAUGAACCUAAAAUAACUUGUAAACAAACAAAUUUUGCUCUGAGUCAAAAACCAGAAGUGAUUUUAAUGGUGGGAUCGCCAGCAUCAGGUAAAAGUUCAUUUUGCAAGCAGAAUCUGCUCCCAAGUGGUUAUAUUCAUGUAAACAGGGAUAAUUUAGGUUCAUGGCAGAAGUGUAUUCAAUUAGUGAGAGAUUCCCUGAAGAAUAACAAGCGUGUUGUUGUGGAUAACACGAAUAAAGAUAAAGAAUCACGAUUGAGGUUCAUAGAAGUAGCGAAGAGCUUCAAAGUACCUUGUAGAUGUUUUCACAUGAAGGUGGAGAAAAGCAGAGCGAUGCAUAAUAAUAAAUUUCGUGAGUUGACCAAAGAGGAACAUGUGAAUGUUACGGAUAUUAUUAUACAUUCGUUUUAUAAGGGGUUUCAAGAGCCGAGUGUUGAGGAAGGGUUUGAUGAGAUUGUUGAGUUGAAAUGUGUGCCGGAGUUUGGGGAUAAUGAGUAUAAGAAUAAGGAGUUGUAUGAGAUGUAUUUGUUGGAAAAGCCAUGAAUUAAAGUUUUAUUGUGGUUGACCUUUGUUUUCGAUGGAAUCGAUGAUGUUUUCAACUAAAUAAAUAGAAGGAAGAAAAAAGACAAGUUAAUCAAUGUAUGGCUUAAAGGGAAAGAAAUAAUUACGGUGUUCUUCAGCGCUUCGUAGAUAUUCGCUCAUGUUUUGGUCGAAAGUUUGUUUGCCGAUUUGUGGGUUGACGUUGGCUCGCAUUUGGCGGUAGACGUCGUACAUGAGGUUCUUGAUGAAGAUGUAGAAUUUCUCAGAGGUGACGAAUGUUAAAUCUGUUUAUAUAAAUUCGGUUUUGUUUAAUUGGAAGUGAUUUUUAUGUAGUUGUGGUUGUGUUUUUGUAUCCUGACCUGUUUUGAAGUCUUCUGUAAACAUGUUGUUGAAUGCUGCGUCAUUCAUGAAUGGCUGCAUGUAGCCAUAACCAAAUACGUCGGUUACUUGAUUGGCGAUUCCACAGAUUUGUUUCUCCAUGGCGUCGUCAAUGCCGGGGACUUUUUGGGCGUUGGUGGAAACUCCACCAUUUACUUGAAAUAAAAAAAAAACAUGUUGUUUAAUAUAUACCUACAUGUAUUUUUGAUUGUUUUGAUAAGUUUUUCACUGUUUUUUGUGUGAAUUUUGUCAUUUUUGUACAAAUUAGCAUUAAUCUUUGACUAGAUUAUGCCCAAAGAGAUUUUGAAUCAAUCUUAACCGUAAAUGAUUAAAAAAUAUUAAGAAUAUUAACAAUAAUUGUUAUUUUAGUGCAAAGAAAGUGUGAUUUUACUUACGUGCCAAGAUGGCGGCGAUCACAAUAAACGGAGACAUGUUUGGAUGUUGUUUGAAUGUUC